AUGGGGGGUGGCAAAAACCGGAAGCUACAUUUAAGCAAGAUCUAUUCAUUCACAUGUUUCAAAGCGAGUUCGGGUGAUGACGGAGAUCAUUCACAAAUUGGAAGUAGAGGCUAUUCGAGGGUGGUGUUAUGCAAUGAACAGAACAGUACUAAUGAUGAGGAAGCUGUGAUUAAGAAUUUUGCAGAUAAUUCUGUCAGAUCUACAAAAUAUACCGUUGCUACUUUUCUUCCAAAAUCACUUUUUGAACAGUUUAGGAGAGUGGCUAAUUUCUAUUUUUUGGUUACUGGUGUUUUGGCUUUCUCUAAACUUGCUCCUUAUAAAGUUGGUACUGCUAUUUUUCCUCUUGCUGUUGUUAUUGGGGCAACUAUUGUGAAAGAAGGUAUUGAAGAUUGGCGUAGGAAAAAGCAGGAUAUCGAGGUGAACAAUAGAAGAGUUAAAGUUCAUAAAGUUGAUGGAAUUUUUGAAUAUACUGCAUGGAAGAAUCUGAGGGUAGGGAAUAUAGUGAAGGUAGAGAAAGAUGAGUUUUUCCCAGCAGAUAUUGUAUUGCUUUCAUCGAGUUAUGAGGAUGCAGUCUGCUACGUGGAGACGAUGAACUUGGAUGGCGAGACAAAUUUGAAGUUAAAACAAGGGAGUAUGGAGUUUGGAGUGCAAAAAUAUGCCCUUUCUCCUCAGCAACUUCUUUUGCGAGGCUCUAAGCUUCGUAAUACAGAAUAUAUUUUUGGAGCUAUCAUUUUCACCGGUCAUGACACUAAGGUUAUUCAGAAUUCUACUGAUCCACCUUCGAAGAGAAGCCGCGUUGAGAAGAAAAUGGAUAAAGUCAUCUACUUCUUGUUUUGUAUUUUGUUUCUAAUGGCAUCCGUAGGAUCUAUUUUCUUUGGCUUUAUAACUAAAGACGACUUGCAAAAAGGGGUGGUGAAAAGAUGGUAUUUAAGGCCUGAUAAUUCUACAAAAUUCUUUGAUCCGGAAAGACCGGCUGCGGCUGCUGCAUGUCAUUGUUUGACAGCCUUAAUGUUAUACGGCUUCUUUAUUCCAAUCUCAUUGUAUGUGUCAAUAGAAAUUGUCAAAGUCCUUCAGAGUAUUUUCAUCAAUCAAGACAUCCAUAUGUACUACAAAGAAGCAGACAAACCGGCACAUGCUCGCACUUCAAACCUGAACGAGGAGCUUGGUCAAGUUGACACGAUACUUUCCGAUAAAACUGGAACUUUGACCUGCAACUCCAUGGAAUUCAUCAAAUGUUCGAUCGCUGGUGUAGCUUAUGGUCGUGGUGUUACAGAGGUUGAGAAGACAAUGAGUAGAAGAAAAGGUUCAACGUUAGUUCGUGAGCGUGAUGUAUCGGACAAUGGCAUCAGUGAUUCUCUUGAUAAUAAAGAAGUCAUAAAUGGUUUUAACUUUACUGAUGAAAGAAUAAUGAAUGGACAUUGGGUAAAUGAGCCUCGCGCAGAUAUCAUCCAGAAGUUUUUUCGCCUUUUAGCAGUCUGUCAUACAGCCUUACCAGAAGUAGAUAAAGAAACCGGAAAUGUGUUGUACGAGGCUGAAUCUCCGGAUGAAGCUGCAUUUGUUAUUGCGGCAAGAGAACUUGGUUUUGAAUUCUACAAAAGGGCUCAGACUAGUUUAUCGACAUACGAGUUGGAUCCAGUUUCUGGCAAGAAAAUUGAAAGGGUGUACAAGAUUCUCAAUGUGUUAGAAUUCAAUAGCUCAAGGAAGAGAAUGUCGGUAAUAGUAAAAGACGAUGAAGGAAAAAUUCUACUACUCUGCAAAGGCGCCGACAGUGUCAUGUUUGAAAGACUUGCCAAGAAUGGGAGGGAGUUUGAAGAGGAAACCAUGGAACAUGUGCACGAAUAUGCUGAUGCAGGUCUCCGAACCCUUAUACUUGCCUAUCGUGAACUUGAAGCAGAAGAAUACAUGGAGUUUCAUAAUAAAUUCUCGGAGGCCAAGAAUUUGGUUAGUGCAGAUCGGGAAACAUUGAUUGAAGAAGUUUCGGAUAAUAUGGAGAAGAACCUAAUCCUUCUUGGUGCUACUGCUGUAGAGGACAAGCUCCAAAAUGGGGUUCCUGAUUGUAUUGACAAGCUUGCCCAAGCAGGAAUUAAGAUUUGGGUUUUGACUGGGGAUAAAAUGGAGACCGCAAUCAAUAUUGGGUUUGCUUGUAGUUUGCUUAGACAAGGAAUGAAACAGAUUAUAAUUCAUUUGGAUAGUCCAGAAAUUCAAGCAUUGGAGAAAGAUGGUGACAAGAGAGCUAUUACCAAAGCAUCAAGGCAGAGUGUCCUAUUUCAAAUACGUGAAGGUGCUGCGCAGCUUACUGCACACAAAGGGAACUCUCAGCAGGCAUUUGCUCUAGUAAUUGAUGGUAAAUCACUUGCUUAUGCACUUGAGGAUGAUAUGAAGAACAUGUUCCUGGAACUUGCCAUUCGUUGUGCGUCUGUUAUUUGCUGUCGGUCAUCGCCAAAGCAGAAGGCACUGGUCACUAGAUUAGUCAAAUCUGGAACUGGUAAAACAACGUUAGCUAUUGGCGAUGGAGCUAAUGAUGUUGGAAUGCUUCAAGAAGCUGAUAUCGGGGUUGGUAUAAGUGGCGUCGAAGGAAUGCAGGCUGUUAUGUCUAGUGACAUUGCAAUUGCACAAUUCCGAUAUUUGGAACGAUUACUCCUGGUGCAUGGGCAUUGGUGUUACCGAAGGAUCUCAACGAUGAUAUGCUAUUUUUUCUACAAGAACAUCACAUUUGGUUUCACUCUAUUCUUGUAUGAGGUGUAUGCAUCAUUCUCAGGAGAACCUGCAUACAACGACUGGUUUUUAGCUCUCUAUAAUGUCUUUUUUUCAUCACUUCCCGUGAUUGCUCUCGGUGUAUUUGACCAAGACGUAUCUGCUCGGUACUGCCUCAAGUUUCCUUUGUUAUAUCAAGAAGGAGUACAAAAUGUCCUUUUCAGCUGGCGUCGAGUGCUCAGCUGGAUGCUUAACGGAUUCUUUAGCGCUUUAUUAAUUUUCUUCUUCUGCACAAAGGCAAUGGAGGUACAAGCCUUCGAUUCAGAGGGAAGAACUGCCGGAAGAGAUAUACUAGGAACAACCAUGUGCUCUUGUGUAGUUUGGGUUGUAAACUUGCAAAUGGCAGUAGCUAUAAGUUACUUCACCUUGAUCCAACAUUUUUUCAUCUGGGGUUCCAUAUUUUUCUGGUACAUUUUUCUCCUAAUAUAUGGAGCAUUGCCUCAAAAGUUUUCGGAAAAUGCUUACAAAGUCUUUGUUGAAACUCUUGCUCCUUCGCCUUCCUAUUGGAUAUUAACAUUCUUUGUGGUGAUCACAACCCUAAUGCCAUACUUCUCAUACAAAGCAAUUCAAAUGCGGUUCUUUCCGAUGCAUCACGAAAUAGUACAGUGGAUAAGAUAUGAUGGGAAGACUGAGGAUCCCGAGUACUGUGAUAUGGUGCAGACAAGAUUGUUGCAGCAAACGUCUUUUGAUUCAACAGCUCGCUUAGUGGCCAAGGCUAACCAAUAA